AUGACCCUCAUGAAGAUGAGGUCCGACAAAACUACAUUGCCACAUACGGCGCCUACCUGGUGGCUGCUGAUGAAGGAAGAAUGGCAGUCGACCAUCUUCGACGACGACUCCUACGACUUAGAGAAGCCGUUAAGGAUCGCCUCGACCUGGAUGAGAGCCAUCCAGCGAGGGCACGUUAACAAAUGUGCCACCAAACGACGCCGUAUUUACGACGCCGAGCCGUCCCAGUGCGCCCGUUACCGUAGACACUCGAGGGGGCCAAGAGGGCUUUGGAUUUACUCCUCUAUGAUCGGAAGGAAUAAUGUCUCCUUUGUAGCUCAAUAGGGAGAGCAAUCGCCCGGUCAGCGAGAGGUUACGGGUUCGACUCCCGUCGGAGAUAGGCAUUUUCCCUCCCGGUCUUAGUAUAGCACCGUGGUAGCUGCGACACCAUGUGGACCAAAGUAAUACUCCAUAACAUUAAGGUCAUUAACCCUGGUCGACCCAAAUUACUCUAAAUGAUGAUUCGUUCGUAGUUGUGUUGGAAGAGAAAGAAACUUUCAUCACUUCACUCGAAACCAUGGCUAUGACUGUAUCACAAAAAGAAGCCGAACACUCGGAGCUCAAGAGGAAGCUCGAAGGAGCCAAGCGAAAUACCCCGGCCAGUCUACAAGCCGAGCUCUCAAAGCUCCGAACAACGUUUCAAGAAGAAAAGCGAAAGAACAGGCAGCUAAGCCGCGACCACUAA